CAUCAAUUCGUCAUGUCUGGUAUAGAGGUUGCUGGUAUUGUUAUCGGCAUUGUGCCCAUCGUUGUUGCUAUUCUGAAAUCAAACAGAGCCCUCCAAACCCGGCUUAGGACCUUCACCCGCUACGUUGAAGCUGUUCGUGCUGUUCAGUUGCGACAUAAAGUUGCUGCAACGAAUUUCAGUGUUGACUGUCAGCUCUUGUUAAAGGCGGUGGUCGACAAUGCCCACGAGCUUUCGCAGAUGAUAGACGACCCAAAACACGCAAAUUGGCAGGACCCCGCCCUUGAAGAGCGGCUUCAAAGGUUUCUUGGCCGUAACUCACAAGUAUUGGAGGACGUUGUUGUGAAAAUUCGAGAGGUACUACAGGAAACCGACACACGGCUUUCCAAACUCGAUCGAGGCUCGCUGGCAGAAGAGACCGAGGGGCACACCAAGACAGCACCAAUUCGUCGCCUGUGGAGAGCCUUUGAUUUUGCUAUCCAGGAGAACGAGCACUUGAAAUGGCUGGAUGAGUUGGAAAGGUGGAACACUAGGCUAACCGGCCUGCGCGCUCAACUAUGUAAGCUUCGAAAACGUCAGCGCUGCGUCUCGGAUUGCAUUGUUCGGAAAAACGUCCCGAAUCGCUACAAAGAUAUCUGUACAGCUUCCCAGAAGUUACACGAUUCUCUGAAGAAUUCCUUUUCUUGUACGAACAUAUCACACGUGGAUCACCAGGCCAAGCUCUCGCUAGAUGCCCAGGCUGAAUACGACAGCAUACAACUUGAUAUGGUCAUAACCUGUCUACGGAGGCCUUCUCCCCAAACAUUGAACGACGCACAAAAACCUCCCCCAGAGGCCCCAAUCUGGUUACAGGUCAGAUCCAUUACUGCCUAUAAGCCUGCGACAAAAGUUGGUACCAUGCUAUCGGGACUUCCGGAGGCCAUGUCAGCCUCACCUCACACUUCGACAAUGCAUGCAAUCCCAUCUAAAUCGCUCAACGCUCCAUCGACAGCAAAGUCCACGGAUUCAAAAAAUCAGAAGAAGCUCAAAAGACAAGUACGCUUCGAAGCAUCAGACGGUAGCACAGAGCCUGCGCCCGAUCCGCCUGCCAAAGUAUCCUUACCUAGAACAUCUAGGCAGCCAAUGGCCGCUAAUUUUGCUUUGUUGGAUCUCAAAACCACACCAAGCGUCUGUUGCCAUUUGAGCAAAGCUUGCAAAUCAGCCCAAUGCAAAGAACUAGGUUAUCUAGAAUCUGUUGAAGCACCGCAGUCAUUCACUUUCAUCUUCUAUGACGCAGGUCGCAACACCGAAGCCAACCUCGCACGAAACAUACCAGGUCGAAAUUCUUCCUCGGUUCUUGCCAAGCUUGAUCAUCUUCAGACUCUGCAUCAACUUACGCUUGCCCACAAGCUUGCGAUGGCUGUUUUGCAGUACCAUUCCACCUCGUGGCUUCCUGAUGACUGGGGACUUAGUGACAUCGCCUAUUUCCCUGCAGACAUACCGAACAAGCCCGACACACCUGCAACGUCCGAAGAUAGUAUUACCCAAGCAUUACAGACUCUACAUCUAAGCACCGAAUUUCCCGAGAAAACAUCAGCCUCACACCCCGGUCUCGCAAACGACCCUGAGCAACUGAGGUACAUGUAUGGAAUCCGAAAUCUUGUCUUAGCCAAGCUCGGCGUCUCGCUCCUUGAGAUCGGCACAAAGCAAGACCUCGCUACUUGCAAUCCGGAUUCAUUGUUGACCUCGGAACGCGUUGUCACUGCGCGUAAGAUCCUGCAUGAGAAGCACCCUCUUUUGUCAAGGCUGGGCAACCAGUACAUAAAAAUCGCUCAACAAUGCAUCGACUGCGAUUUUGCCUGUGGCGAAGACUUGAAUGAAGAGCCGUUGCGACGAGCGGUCUACACAGAUGUCAUAUGUGUGCUGGAAGAUAUGAUAGCUGGCUGGAAGAAGCUCAUGGGUGUCAAAUAA